CCAGUGUUGAGGAGCUGUGCUGGUCAAGGCGAAGGAGACCGGAGGCGACGUGUAGGGUUGAGAUGUCUGGAUCACAGGGGGUCAGUGCUUUAUGCGAAAACCCAAACGAUGUCUUCUUAGACGUCUCCAAGCUAUUGCUGACUUAUGCGGACAACAUUCUGAGGAAUCCAAAUGAAGACAAAUACAGAUCGAUCCGGAUCGGAAACCCGACCUUUUCCACCAGACUGCUGCCCAUCCGAGGAGCGGUCGAGUGCCUGUUCGAAAUGGGCUUUGAAGAGGCGGAGACUCACCUGGUGUUUCCGAAGACUGCCUCUGUGGAGCAGCUGAGGCGCAUCAGAGAGUCCAUCGCGGCCGAGAGAGACCACAGGCUGGGGGCGGGGCAGUCUCCCCUGUGCCCUCAGAGCUCCGCCCCCAGCUGUACUCUCCCCCAACCAGCCAGCGCCCCUCCCCUGACUCCGCCCCCUGCCCCCGCCCCUCAGCCCGCGCAGACCUCCUCCCAGCCAAUCCCCUUGGGGAACAGCGUCAGCUUCUUCAGGACCCUGCAGUCCAACUUCCAGCAUGUGAUGGUGUAUGAGAGCCCCGCCCUGAAGCAGAAGGCCCUGGACUGCGUGCCCCUCCCCCGCCUCCGAGAGGCGGCCCAGGAGAAGCUGCAGCAGGCCCGGCGGGCCGACCCAGCGUGUAACCUUGUGGAGCAGGACCUGCUGCUGCUGGAGCUGCUGGCCUGGUUUAAGGGGGAGUUCUUCUCCUGGGUGGACUGCUUGGCCUGCAGUCGCUGCGGGGGAAGCACCCAGAGCUCGGGAAACCUGUCCCCCUCUGCUGACGACCUGCGCUGGGACGCCAGCCGCGUGGAGAACCACUACUGCAGCGCCUGCCAGCUGACCACGCGAUUCCCCAGGUAUAACAACCCUGAGAAGCUGCUGGAGACCAGGAGAGGGCGGUGUGGAGAGUGGGCCAACUGCUUCACGCUCUGCUGCAGGGCACUGGAGCUGGAGGCCAGGUACAUCUGGGACAGCACAGACCACGUGUGGACGGAGGUGUACUCGCCCUCCCAGCACCGCUGGAUGCACUGUGACCCCUGUGAAAACGUCUGUGACAAACCCCUCCUGUACGAGAUCGGCUGGAGCAAGAAGCUGUCCUAUGUCCUGGCCUUCUCCAAAGAUCAGGUGGUGGACGUGACCUGGAGGUACUCCUGUAAGCACCAGGAGGUGCUGUCCAGGCGGACACAGGUCCAUGAGGCAUGGCUUCGGGAGACCAUCAACGGGCUCAACGCUGUGAGGCAGCAGGCUCUCAGCCCGGAGAGGAGGAAGGAGCUGCUGGAGAGGCUGCUGGUGGAGCUGGUGGAAUUCAUCUCCCCAAAAACGCCCAAACCGGGCGAGCUGGGCGGGCGUAUCUCCGGCUCGCUGGCGUGGAGGGCGGCCAGGGGCGAGACGGGCCCCGCCUCGAGCUCGGAGGAGUUUGUGUUCGUUCCCACGGAGACCGAGUGGAGCGGGAGGGUGUUCCACCUGCAGUACAGCUCGACCGGGGACCGGUACCGCCGGGUGUCGAGUGGCGGGGAGGAGCUGGGGGGCUGGGAGACGGGUGUGUGGAGGAGGGGGGCCGUCUUCAGGAAGGUGGAGAACGACUGGAAGAUGGUGUACAUUGCUCGCAAAGAAGGCUCUGAGGCAGGGACAAUCAGCUGGAAGUUCGACUGCGGCCCCCAGGGCCUGAAGAUACGGACGGUCUCUGUCAGAGCACGGAGUCAGACCUUCCACUCUGGCAGGGUCACCUGGAGAAUGCGCUCAGGCCAGGACACCAUAGAGUUCUCAGGAGAUGGUGAGAUGCACUCGGCUCCCAGCCUCUCUGGAUCCACAGAGCUGGUGGUGGAGGCGGAGCUCAGCGGUGGGGAUGGGGAGACGUCGUGGCAACACGCUCAGCUGUUCAGACAGAGCUUAACAGACCCAGAGGAGCCUUCCUUCGAAAUCAUCAUCAGCAUGGAGGAGGCUUGACGAUAGAGACGCUGUUUAUAGAUCCACACACUGUUCCCCUGUCAUGAUCAUGUCAUGUAAAGUAGUUUCCUGAUGUUGUGUUGGGGAGGAGGGGGUUGCUGAUGGUGGCGGGGUCUCCAAGCACUUAGCUGAUCUUUUGCGCGUCACUCAGUCUUCGGCCUUUGUAAAACCCCAUGGCAGCCCGGACCGCCAAAAGACCUGGAGCUCUUUCAUGGGAAACGUUGGGGGUCACCGUCCAGGAAGGACUUUUAUCUGAGCCUUCAGCCAUACGCGCCACAAAAACACUUCUGCCAGUUCCCCCCGCCAAACCCUUUCCCCAGGGGACCAGACUUGCUUUCCCCUGACGUGAGGCGUUAAAUACGAACUUCUAUAAAUAUCCCCCCCACAGUUCGCAGUGCUGUUUUGUACCCAAACAUCAAGUUUACUGUGAAGUGCUGCUUUCUCAUGACUUGUAGAGAAAGGGACAAGCGUGUAAUUACCACGUGACGUGCAGUCUCCAGAACACUUAAAUGUACCAGUGACUGUAGGUGUGUGUCUGAAUAUAUCCACGGCCGUUCUUUUUAAAAGGGCAUGAACUGUGUGAGAGCCAUCCGACUGUAAAAGUGUGUUCAAAAUAAUUCACCCCCCCACCCUGAACAGACUCAAAGACCUGAUAUCCAUGCUCUGUUGUCCUCUUGUGCAGUGGUAAUCAAGUGAAUUAAAGGUA